GACUCCACCACAAAUCCCGUGUUUGCUCACGAACAUCCAUCAUCGGGUGAGACAAAGUGGGGCCAAAAGUGGCGAGAAGAGCCCUCGCGCGAAUCCCAACAUCCCAACCCAGAAGACAGCCGAAGCGCCCCGGUAACGACUCCGGCAGCCAAUCAGACCACCACCCGGCGUGACUGCCUUUGCGUUGACACAGCGAGGGAACCAUUGUUCCAACCGCAGCCAAUGGGAAUGUGCUGUCGGAGGUGGUGCAUGCUCCGCCCUAUGAGGCACACGACUAAACCCCAUUUCAGCACCUCGGCCAGAGCACGAGAAAAAGCAGUCUUGAACAAACAACGCAGCUCGGCGGAUGAUUCUUCCAGUCCGCUCAGAAGGAUCAUCUGGUUGACAUUUUAAACGUGAUUCUUCAAAGAACUGAGAGUAACUACGGAAAUAAUUAAAUUGUUUUGAAAAAAAAAUUGAAAUGUAAACUGACUCAUAGCUUAGACAGUGAUUAACCAGUGAUUAGUUAAUUGGACCAGAAAAAAAUCUGAAUUUAUCUUUUCCAAGUUAAAUUGGAUUUAAAACCAUUUAGCUGACCGUUGGAAAAUUUUCUGGAAAAGUUCAAACUUUUAUUACAAAAAAGAGAACAUUUUAGCGCUAAAUUGAAAACGUAAAAUGCCGGCGCGAUAGAAUGUGCGGAAAUGAGUGGAAUUGAUGCAGAAAGUGUGUGAUAAGGAAGACUGGUUAAAGACCCGUGAAGAUGCCCAGACCAUCGCGAGAAUCGUAUGGCGAUCAAAAACCACCAUACUCCUACAUCUCCCUGACAGCCAUGGCGAUUUGGAGUUCACCGGAAAAGAUGUUACCCCUAAGUGAGAUUUACAAAUUUAUAACGGACCGUUUUCCGUACUACCGAAAGAACACCCAGCGCUGGCAGAACUCCCUGCGACACAAUCUCAGCUUCAAUGAUUGCUUCGUCAAAGUUCCCCGAAGACCAGAUCGUCCGGGUAAGGGUGCCUAUUGGACACUUCAUCCACAGGCGUUUGAUAUGUUUGAGAAUGGGAGCUUACUGAGGCGCCGGAAGCGCUUUAAACUCCACAAAUCCGACAAAGAUCUCCUAAAUGAGGAGCUAGCAGCACUCGCCAACAUCAAUCGCUUUUUCUUUACGGGCCACGAUGCCCUUCCGGAACCCCUGCCGCCGCAGCUACCACCCUCACCGACUCCACCGGUUGUGAGUCCUCCGCUGCGCCCCAGGACACCAUCACCCGCCGCCACACACCUGCCCAGUGAACGGGUUACGCGUCCCAAACGCGCUUUUACCAUCGAAUCCCUCAUCACACCUGACCGGAAGGAUAGUCCUGAAGACGUUAUUCGUCGUCACCCGCCGCCACAUCCUCAUGCGCCACACGUGGCUCUGCAGGCUCCUUUCCUACAGUACCCACCUCAUCCACCGCUGCCCUAUGACCUGCCCGUGCAUCCACUUCUUAUGAUGACGGCACCUCUAGGUGGGCUCCAGCCGGGCUAUUUUGGGCAAGCAGUCUAUCCAGCACUAGCACUCCAUCAUCAUGGACCCGAUCUCUCUCGUGUCCCAACAUCUGCUCUGAGAACCGUAUGAAGGACAUGGGGUCCUAGUCCUGAUCCGAAUGUCAGUGAGUUGAUGCACUUUUCAUGAGUUUAUGCUUUUUGUAAUUUACAACAACAAAAAAGCCCAUCAAACCUCUAAAAUCAAACUUUCUUCCUGAUAAUUUAUUUUUCGAAAAAAUAUUAAUUUUAAAAUAUUUAGAGAUCUAAUUUUGCUUAAUUAAAACUUAAAAAUAAAUAUUCCUCGAAUCAAUCUAAAAAAUAAAGACUUAUAAAAUAAUUCAAUAAUAAAUUUUAUAUUGAAUAAGUUAAAAAAUGCUUCAACUCGCAGAACUAGGAUCCACUAAAUAAAAAAAAUAAUAAAGUAAAUUAUUUGAAUUUGUUAGGACAAAAUUAAGAGAAAGUUCAGUAGAGCGAUUGUAUUUAAAAAUGAUAAAUUUUCGGGGCUUAAAAAGAUUUAUAUAUUUAAUUAAAUUGUGAAUAACGAGAUGAUUAAGAGAUAAGAGAAUAUAGAAGCACGCUGUGAGCCACAAAAUAGUUAGAAUCGGAAAGACUGGUAUUUGAUAAAUGUGCGCCACUAAAAGCUUCUCCAAAAAAAUCUUCAUUGAGUGGAUAAAAUAAAUAAGAUUUUGUUCACAAAUAGCCAAAGGUUAAAAGAAGCCUAUAAAAAUGUCUAGAGUGAUUUCGCAUCUUUUAAGAAUCAGACCACAGAUUUGAAAAAUGGAAAUAUCUUUCCUAAAUUGGUAUAAUAACUGAAUUAGAAAAGUCGCAAAAAUUCACAAUUAUGUUCCAAAUUAACUAAAAAAUAACCUCUUAAUUUGCUGAAACAUCCAAAUUUUGACAAACAAUAAUAAUAAAAUUUUAUCAAUUAAAAAGGAUGGUCCGAAUUAGACCAUCUUCCCCUAAAACAUUUUAGAGAGAAAUUCUGAGAGAGAAAGCAUAUUCAAGUAAAUUUUCAUAAAUAGUCAAAAUUGUUUCUUUUCCCUUAAAUCUAUUUUAUUUAACUCUAAAUUAAUUUUUCCAUUAACUCCUUGUAACUUUUAGAACAAAAACUCCUUCGUUUUUUGCCAGAUUAGAACAGUUUAUCUUAAAAUUUAUAAUUUUUUUAAAGAAAAUUUAAUUACUUUAGCACCAGAAAAUUUAUCACCUUAAUUUUCAUCUCAUAUUGAAGCUUUAUCAGAGACUAUAAAAGUUUAUGGACUUUAUAUCAUUUUGUCAGUCUCCAAUGAGCUUUUACUAAUUAACAAAAUACAUUUUAGACAAUUUUUCUUUUAACAAUCCUCUACAACCCCUAAUGAGACGAAAGCUUUGGUGUUUAUUCUUUUGUGAUUUAUAAUUGAAAGCUGAAGGUUUUUAAGAUUUCAUUUAAAAGCGCCAAAAGUUUCACAAAUAACUGUGUUGCAGAUUUAGAGGAAAAAUAAAUUUUAAAAGAUUUUGAAUCUAUCGAAAAAAAUUCAGAUUUUCUAAAGAGUGCUGCAAAAAUAAGAGAGAAAAUAUCGCAACUAGUUAAUAGAUUACCUAAUUAGGAUUUACAAGUUCCAUUCAAUAUUUAAAACAUCCCGUAAUAUCUUAAUUUUAACAAAAUAUUUUUCCAAUAGAUUUUUAAAUAUUUUUUCGACAAAAAGAUUUUUAUUACAUCACUAACAAUCUUUCUGUUUUCCCAGAGACAUUUGCAAAAUCCUUUUAUUUCUAUUAAUAUUAUUUUCUAUCAGUGUUUGAAAGUGUUUCUCUCACAUUUUACGAUGCCCAACCAAACCUAAUUAAAUAACAACAUUUUACACUAUCUUUACGUUGAGAUAUAAAAUUCAUGAUUAUAGCCUCUGGAACUUUUCUAUUCUGUUGCAAAUGUAAUAGAAUUUUUCUUUGGUGAUAUUUGAAUAUAUUUUCCAUCACGUUUUUCAUGAAAGGUUUCAGCAAAUGAUAUUGAGUGAAGAAAGAGCAGUUUAAUUUAAAAAAAAAAUCACAAACCUUAAAAGAAAAAUUCUUUCAAAAAAUGUAAAAGAAUCAAUUGAAUAUUUCACCCCUAAUCACAAGGCCAAACAAAUUGAGUACUUACUGCGAAGAACUCAGCUCAUGCGAAUGAUAGUAAAACAUGCAAUAAAUUACCAAAUUACCUGACAAUUUGAUGACCACCAGCAAGAGCUCAACCGUGCCAUGGUUGAGUAGCUGAUAAAUGAGCAAGAACUCUCAUCCUGCAACUGAACUUUCUACUUGUUAAAAUUUUGCAAUAAACAAUACUUAUUGCAAUUCGUCUCAGUGAUCAAAAUGUAUAAGAAGUUAGAUACACAAUUUUGCAUUAGUUUGAGAGCCACUGUGGUGAUGAUGUACAUAUAUAAUACAAAAACCAAAGUCAUAAAAGCUUCUUUCAUGAUCUAAUAAUGAUUCUUGGGUGAAACUCCCUUGAAAUUGCAAUCGUAAAGGCUUCUUUUUACAGCUUUAUGACUUUUUCUCGCUCCAUUUUCGCGAGUUUCUGCAUCUCAUAUAUAUGUUUAUGUAUGGGGUACAAUAUAUAUGGACUUUUCUGGGGGAGUUAAUUAGUCCAAACAGGAAGAAAAGAAAAGUAGUAUGAAAAUUGUGUGAAUAACAACAUAUACAGAUAUGAUAAUUUAGAAUGGGCUUCAGGGUCAGCUAAUGAGUUUAGUUUAGCGUGUGAGAAUGAUUAAUCUGAUUUUUUUUCGGAUGACCCAUGUGAAUCUCCAGAAUUUUCUCUCAUCUCACAAAAUUUCUCCAAGAAAAUCCAAAGAUAUGGGAAAAAAAGUGACAGAAAAAGAUGCGAAAGCUACGGAGAAAGAAGUGCGAAGAAAAAAAUCCACUCAAUGAGGAGUCAAAUGCGUGGUAAAAUUGUGUGUAAAUGUGGAAUGAUGGAAACGAAAUUAUUGAAAUUAUCUCGUCAGAAUAAAUUAUAGGAGAUCAUAAUUCAAAACCGCAACAUAUUCUCUCUUACCAUCUCGUAAAAUCACGAUGUGAGAUAUUAUAAAAAGAUGAGACUCACCCGAGAUGUGUUUAACAUCUUUAAGAAGGAUGAUGGGUAAUUAGUGGAUGGAGAAAAUUAUGGCACCUACUUUGUGUAACUGAGAAAGAGUGUAUAUAGCGCGAGGUGUAGCUCCUCGAGAUAGCCAAGAACACAUACAUAUAUACCUUUGAGUGAGAGAGAAAGAGGAAUUCUUUUCGUUUUUUUUUGUAUUAUUAAUUUAACUUUUUUCUGCAGAUAUAACAGGCAAAAAGUAGCUUGAGAAAAAAAUCAUCCGUGGGCGCAUUCGUUCGACUUGUAAUUGAUUUUUAACGAUAAUUUGCGCCAUUUGAAAUUGAAAACUCUUUGAUUUAUAGCCACCUCGGCCACAGUUACAUUAUUAAUGGACCAACAUCUUUCUCAUUGAGCUCAAAACUACCAAUUUUUCCACCUAAAACACCAUGGAAUCUCUUACUCCAAUCUCGCGUGUAUUUCCAUGUGUUUCUUUUUGUCGAUAUAAACAACAAACGUACUCUCAUCUAAAAAUUAUAAGGUACCUAUAUAUUAAAAUUAAACAAAAAAAAACUGCUGCAAAACUUUCAAUUCUCAGAGACAUUUUUUUUUCUUGAAAAUGUUGAAACUUCUUUUGUGAAGGUGAGGCAGCUCCGUCUCUCACCUUCUCUCGCCUCGUCAAAUUGAAUGAAUUUAUGUGUGUAAAUAAAUUAUUUAUGUAAAUAUGUAUGUAUUCCUGUCCAUGUGCAAUUACAAUUAAGUAUAAAUUAGCUGUAUUAUGUACAAUUAUUAAAUGAGAUGAAGUAUAAUUCAAACACUGUAUUGAAUGUAUAAAUAAGAAAGAUAAAAAAAAACAAACAUUAAAAGCUGAAUAAGUACUCUGCGUUGAUACCACUGC